AUGGCUACAUCAACUCCCACCAGCAACGAUCGGCUGCCGUCAACCCUGUUUACCGUAUACCAGACGUAUAAGCGCGGGACGUCCGUGGUACUGGAAUGGCUUACUGCCUUCGACAGGAGCCCCGCGCCAGUAUCAGCGUCUAAUGCCAUUACCAUCAAGCAACUGCUGGAGAAAGCGAAGAAAGCCUCGAAAAGCAGAGGUAACCCUCCGCAGACGGUUCAUGACGCAUUCAAGGUCGUUCUCGUCAACCGUAACAAGCUCACCAAGUAUUACGAUCGUCUCCCUACAGCUUCGGCAGACACCAUCUCGGCAACAACGCGUCACAAGGUCUUCAAUGAGACUCUCUCCCAAGCGUAUUCGAUUCUAUUCCCGCCAGAGUUGACAAAACGCAAACCGAAGAGGCCAAUCACGAAUAUUUCGCAAGCGACACCCAACAUCAAUUCAUUCGAAACCCUAGCUCAUAUCGUUGAGGAAGAGCCCGAUUUCGACGCCUGCGCAUCGGACUUUUGGCAAGCUGAAGCCCCCAGUAACUCCGCCAACUCUUCCAUCACCGACGACUCUGUUGGCGAAGCUGUUGCGCUGCAUGCCUACGUUACAGAGCUUCAGACCACAAUCGAGACCAUGAAGAGUUUAUGGAAGUCCGUUGCUGCCGGUGAGACAUCUCUGGCAGCGGCCGGUUCGCUCACGAACAUGGUCCAGAAUUACUUGAUCGAAUGGAUUCGUUCACAAUCACUCGUUACGGAUCAUCAUGACGCACUGUUGAGGUCCUUUUUCCAUGGAAAAGACAAACCGGAAGAAGCAAGAGGCAGCUUUGUGCCCAGGUGGUUGCAGGAUCCUGAAGGGUUCAGAUCAGGCCAUGAACAAGAUGUCUUUCAAGAUCUAACUAACGGCUACGGUCUCAUCUGGCCAUACAACGAAUUUGGUCAAUUUGGAGCGCUAAUUUUAGCAAAAGACGAGUCUUUGGACGUCGUGGAGCGCCGUAAGUUCGAAGAUUACUUCAAGGCGCACUCGCAACAGAAGGCCCUUAAGCAAGACUUCGUCGAUUCGAUCCUGGCCUACCUUCCAACGAAAGAGACUAAUACUGUCGCUGAGCAUGUCCAAAAGCUCACGGAUAUCGCAAACGAACGAUACCAUCAUGAAAAAGAAAUCAUGCGAUCUAUGUGCCGAAGCAUCUAUCAACAUCCGUUGUCGGCCUUGCCUUUUGAAGAAAUGAUGAAUUCGGCGAGUUGCAGAAGCGAUUGGAUGAAGGAUUCGUAUGGCGAGGAUAAUCUCCAGUUUCCGCUAAGCGUCCCGCUCCUAUGGCUGUUCAAAGAAGCUCAAAAGCCCAAGAUGGUAAUGCGGACUAGUCUCAUCAUGGGGGUACACUUAUUCAUAGAGAGCUGUCGAAGCUUCAUUCCAUCGAAACCUACCGAGUAUCUGCGUAGUACCAACAGUCGGAUUAAAGUCUUGUCAUUCGCCAAGAACAAUCGGAACGCGAUCGUAAAACUACUUGAAGCGGAAAAAGACCCGGUCAAGGCCGAGAUGUUAGACUAUUGGUACCCCAAAGCUAAACUCACAGUCAAACAGCUGGACAAAUUCACUUCCCUCAAGGUGUUUGACUUAUACUCGCAAUCACCAUGGGUUGCAGGGAGCUACAUGGCGACCAUCGCGGCGCGCAACAUGCUGGUUGGUAGCUGGCCGCUUAACAAGGACGGAUGUCUCUCCAACAUGCUGCAUAUGUACAAUAUGCUCCAACAAAUUGGGUUUUCUUGCCCCCGUAUUCCCAUCUUGGAGCAUCUUUGUGACCUUCUCAGCCCGGCGAUCUUUCCACAUUCUCAAGGACGGCCCACAUCCAACUUCGAUAACACGGCUCGGGUCACCAAUGGCCAGGAGCUGUGGUAUGUGAGAAAUGGAAUGCCGGAAUUCGCCGGGUUGAAACGAAUGGUAGAAAGAACUAAUAACGUUCGAACUGCCCCUCCAAUCAGUAUAUGGACCAUGUCAGAAUUCGCAACCCAGACCAUACUUCAAUGCCGUUUGGACACCAACUUCUUAGUCAAGAUCACGGACAAGCGGCUCUCGAACAGAAAGCACGAUGUUAGGCCCAACGUCCUAGCCCACUUCACGCCUUCCGAGAUUCUACUUCGCGCGAAGGACCACAUACUACCGGAAUUCGAAGGGCCGUUUCCAGUAGCAAAGGUCAACUUCUUCGCUGUUAUGGACCUGAUGCUCGACUUCUUCAAGGAUGUUGCCGGCCGCAUCUCGAAGCCAGGGGGUCUACCGGAAGAUAUGCAACUAUGGAGCAGAACCAUCGUGGAGAACUCUGGGGUUGAUAGCUUUCCCGACGUUUCAUCAAACACUGUGAAAGCUGCCAACGACUUCUUGGAGCAGGCCAGGCUCUUCAUCGAUAAGAAAGAUUUGAAGUCUGGGGCUGCGGGGCUGAAACGGGCCAGGCAAAAUGAGUGUUUGGCUCUCCUGCGUGACGCUAUGGUCAAGGUUUGCGGGGACGUCAAGCCAGAGGACUACCUAUGGAAGGAUAUGUGA